AAGAAUGACAAACUUUUCGUAGUUGGUUGCUACUUAGUACACUACAUCAAUUACAUUCACAGUAAUGGAUAAUAGAAAAGUGUAUAAAUCCUACAGGGAAAAGGUUAAAGGGGCAGGUAACCAUCCUUAUAAUGGUAGUACUGCCAUAACUUCCAAAGUUAAAGGCCUAUUAGGUCUAUGGAACUCAAUUAAACUGGCGAAUGCAUCACCCAAGGAAACCAAAGAACAACCCCAACCAUUCAAGUUUGAACCACCAAAAAUUGUUCAAUCAAUGCCCGGAGCAUUUCAUACAUCAUCAUCGACAGCACCACCUCCAUCAGUUUCUGUAUCUUCGUCUGCAUCCGUUUUAGCACCACCAGCAUCAACACCUUCCACUACUACAGAGGAAGAUGCAUCACCAAAUAAAAUAUUGUCCAAAUUCUUCCAAGAAAAAGGUGAUAGACCAUUGACUGAUAUUGAGUAUGAAGGAGUAAUGUCAUUGAUGUCUAAAUCAAAACACGGAACCCCUUAUAAAAGAUCAAGAAUUAAUUCUAUAGAUGAGACCUUGAUUGAUCAAACUUUUUCCAAUAUUGAGCCAUCUUCAAAAAGAAAGAAGACUGAUGCCACAACCCCAUACACUCAAAAAACAUUAGUACAAACUCCAAAUAUUACCAUUAGCACCCCUGAAUACAAUCCAGUGUACCAUACUAUCCACAAUGAUACAACAAACACGUCUUUCAACAAAAGCAUUCCUUCAAUUAAACGAGUAUACCAAUUUUCUGGGUUACCAUCACCUUAUAGAACAAGAAUAAAGCCACCAAGUUUUAUUUCUUCAAGAAGAAAACAACUACAGAGUACCAGAGCUAAUAAGACUAUGAAUAAUAUACCCGACACUACUGCUACAUCGUUUGCACAAUCCAAAUCAUUUGUUUCUGGCCCUUCUACCAGCUCUACUGCAAAGACUUUAUUGUCCAUUCUUGAUGGAAAAUCAUCACAACAAACAAAGGUAGCAUCUGUAACAAACGAUAAAUUAAAGUUGUUUAGCAACCCAUACGGAUCAAGAAUAAAGAAGUCAAAACCAACCAAUGUUUCCAUAACUGCUAAUGAUAUCGAGAAAACUAUAUUAUACGAUAAAUCGGAACCAUUGCCUGAAGCUUCUGUCAACGGUCGUGCUACUUUGUCACUGAUUGAAAACGGAAGUAAGCCCUCGGAUGACCUGACUAUAAAGUCCCAAGAAACCAACGGAAUUAAGAUUGAUACCAAGAAAGUUGACAGUGAUAUCAAAACUCCACUCUUCACAUUUGGAAAAAAUGCAACACCAAAAGAGUCUGAUAAUAAACCAGAAGUUUCAAAACCAGAUGUUAAACCGGCCAAUGUAUUCCCUACCACCACUUCAGCUCCUAUAACUAAUGGUGAUUCCAACAGCAACAGUAACAACAAUAGAUUUGUCUCUGAAGAUAAACCAGCUUUUGAAUUCCCUAAAGUUGACGUGGUUCAUGUUGUAAUUGACCAGAAAGAAGUUGAUAAAUUUAAACCAAUGUUUGAAUUUUAAUAAACCCCUGUCAUUUUAUAUAUAACUGUAUAGUUUUGUAAUUGCGACCUCCUAAUAGAUGAAAGGUUUUAUUGUUGUAUGUCAUGUGGGUUCUCUCGUACCGGU